GUGUGUCCCGGCCCACUAGGCGGAGCACCGCGCCGGGUGCGGUUCAUUCGCGCGGCGGCGGCGGCGACGGCGGCGGCCGAGGAGGAUGUGGGCUACGCGCGGGCUGGCGGUAGCGCUGGCCCUGAGCGUGCUGCCUGACAGCCGGGCGCUGCGGCCAGGCGACUGUGAAGUUUGUAUUUCUUAUCUGGGAAGAUUUUACCAGGACCUCAAAGACAGAGAUGUCACAUUUUCACCAGCUACUAUUGAAGAAGAACUUAUAAAGUUUUGCCGUGAAGCAAGAGGCAAAGAGAAUCGGUUGUGCUACUACAUUGGGGCCACAGAUGAUGCCGCCACCAAGAUCAUCAAUGAGGUAUCGAAGCCCCUGGCCCACCAUAUCCCUGUGGAAAAGAUCUGUGAGAAGCUGAAAAAGAAAGAUAGCCAGAUUUGCGAGCUAAAAUAUGACAAGCAGAUUGACCUGAGCACAGUGGACCUGAAGAAGCUCCGGGUGAAAGAGCUGAAGAAGAUCCUGGACGACUGGGGGGAGAUGUGCAAAGGCUGUGCCGAAAAGUCUGACUAUAUCCGCAAGAUAAAUGAACUGAUGCCUAAAUACGCCCCCAAGGCAGCCAGUGCAAGAACUGAUCUGUAGUUUGCCCGGUUCCUGCUGCACCUGAGGGAAAAGCAGUUCAUCUGUCUCCUUCCCAAACAACCACUUUGUAAUUUAUUUUUUAAGAGGGCUCCUAACAAUGAGCUGUGAAGCCUGGAGCUUUCCUAAUGAUGCUGGCUCUGCAGCCCUCCUCACCCCACCCCCAAGUGGGGAGGAAUUCACUUCUGCUGGUUUACUCUAGGACUUUCAAAGUUUGUCUGGGAUUUUUUUAUUAAAAAAAAUUGUCUUUGGAGA